UAUCACCAAGUUAUCACUCAUUUUAUGCUUGAAAGAGUUUCAUCAUACUGUAUCUUUGAAUUAAUGAUUUUGUCUCACAAAUUUUCAGUGCUGUGCAACGUACGAAUUUUGUUCCGUUCAUCGUGCUUUCGGGAACUUUUUUCCAAUGGCUACAGUUAACAUUACACAGCAUUAUCCUGGAGCUGCAGAUAGAAAUAAGGAGCCAAUUUUGGGAGUCUUAAAAAAAUUCUUGACCCAAGAUAGUGAGGGAAAUAAGCAGUGUUUGGAAGUAUCCUCAGGAUGUGGAUUCCACGUAUCAUACUUUUCAAAACAUAUCCCAUUCGUGACAUUCCAGCCUACAGAAUUUGAAACUUAUCAACUUCCAAUCAUCUCAUCUUUUAUUGCUGAUUGCCCAAAUGUCCUGCCGCCAAAAUAUUUGGAUGCAUCUCAAGAUCACUCUACAUGGGCCGAUGGAACUAUCAAACCUGGAAGCCUUGAUUAUGUUAUCAAUAUCAACAUGAUGCACAUAUCUCCGUAUCCAGCAACUAUUGGGUUAUUCAAAGGCUGUGGUGCUGUUUUGAAGCCGGGUGGACUUCUCAUCACGUACGGUCCUUACGCUGACAAUGGUAUUUUAACUCCUGAGAGCAACGUUCGUUUCAAUGCAAUGUUGAAACGUGAAAGUCCAGAUUGGGGUAUAAGGGACAUCUCUCUGCAACUCAUUCCCCUCGCAUCUACUCAUGGAUUACAGCUCAUUCACAAAGAAGAUUUACCAGCAAAUAAUAAGUGUCUAGUUUGGAAGAAGUCCUAGAAAUAUGCCAUUGCGGAAGAACUGCUUGUGGUAUUUUGAAAUUUCCAUUAAUUUUAAUUUUUAUUCCUAGGCAGCAGAAUUUUCUAUCAAAUGUCAGAUACUUUAUUUUUGUUGAAUUUAAUGUAAGAAGCUUGAAAGGAAAAGAAAUCAUUCUUGCACAGUUUUGAGAAUGAAGCAUUACUUAAUCAUUUUUUUCCCUUUUAAAAAAAAUUGUAUUGUAAAUUCAAGAAUUUUUAACAUUGCUAUUUCAGCAUUUUGUUCGUUAAUCACUAAACAUGAAAAUAUAUUGUUGUAGAUGAAUUAUAAUUUUCAGAAUGUAA